UCCAAUACAAUCAAACCGCUGUACGAUAAAUCAAUAAUUUCUUGAUAGAUUUGCAACAUUUACGCUAGCUGUGCAAUUAUUUAGUGACAAUGCCUUAUCAGAGAAGUGGUGGAAAGCAAUGUGUUGUAGCUGAAUGCAGAAAUAGCCAGAAAAAGCUUCACGACUGGAAAAUUUCAUUGUGUAAUGAACAUAAAACUGAACACAAAGACUGUGCGUGUUUACCACCCUACAAACUCCACUGCAUUCCAGCAAACGAAGAAAAACGAAGACUAUGGAUUAAAUCCAUAAACAGAAAAGAUUUCAAUCCAGCAUCUAAGUCUCUGGUGUGCUCAGUUCACUUUGUCGAUGGACGUCCAACCAAGGAGAAUCCCAUACCAGUAUUAAACAUGGGUUAUACAGAAAGUUUCUCAUUGCUAUUGCACCAGAUGGUUUCAUAAUGUUUGUGACUUCACUAUUUGGUGGACCUGCCAGUGGCAAUUACAUUACUAAACACAGUGGCUUCCUUGACUACCUCCUCCCUGGAGACGAGGUAAUGGCUGAUAGAGUUUUACGAUAAGUGAAGAUCUUUGUGCUAGGCAUGUGAAGUUUAAUAUUCCAGCAUUCAUGAAGGGACGGAACCAGUUAACCGAGUAUGAGGUGAUAGACACUAGAAGAAUUGCCUCAAACAGGAUUCACGUAGAACGAGCAAUAAUGAGGAUGAAGUCGUAUCGUAUAUUAAAUACAAAAAUGUUGAAUAAAUCCCUGAAAAAAGCCAACAAAACUCUGUGUACUGUAGCUGGUUUGUGUAAUUCAAGGGAUCAGCUCAUCAAGGAAGACAGCGAAAGUGAGGACUAAAGUGAAACUUAACUUGUGAUACACACUGUGAAUAUCUGGCAUAAUUAAUCACAGUAAUGUUAUCAAAAAUAGUGGUAUUGAACCAAAACUGCAUUAAUUUUGAAAUGUAUGCACUGACCUGUUGUCUGAGAGUACAUGUACAUGUAUGUUGAUAUUAAUUUAAAAUAAAUCUACAUUAAAUGUACACAUUAAAGUGAG